AUGCUACUCAUAACUUGUUCCAUAUUUCUCAUCCUUUUUAUGCUAAUCAAAUGGUAUUCCAAUUCUACAAAACCAAAAAACUCACCUCCUUCUCCACCAAAAUUCCCUAUAAUAGGAAAUCUCCAUCAACUUGGCCUAUUCCCUCACCGCACACUUCAAUCUCUAGCUAAACAAUAUGGCCCUUUCAUGCAAAUCCAUCUUGGUAGUGUACCGGUUCUUGUUAUCUCAUCACCUGAAGCAGCUAGUGAGAUUAUGAAAACUCAUGAUCGCGUCUUUGCAAAUCGACCCCAAACUAAACUUUAUGACAUUCUUUUAUAUGAUUGCAAAGAUGUUUCAACAGCCCCAUAUGGAGAGUAUUGGAGACAAAUAAGGAGUAUAUCUGUUUUACAUCUUCUCAGUGCUAAAAGGGUUCAAUCUCUUCGUGCUGUGAGAGAACAAGAAGUUGGUUUUAUGGUGGAGAAAAUGAAGCAGUGCUCUUCUGCUUCAGUGCCAGUUAAUAUAAGUCAAUUAGUCUCCACAACUAUAAAUGAUAUAGUUUGUAGGGUUGCUCUGGGAAGAAAAUACAGUGGUGAAAAUGGGAAGGGGUUUAAAAUGUUGUUGAUGGAUUUUACAGAGUUACUUGGUACUAUUGUUGUUGGUGACUAUGUUCCUUGGCUUGAUUGGUUCACCCAUGUUUCUGGGUUUUAUGCAAGAGCAAAAAGAGUUGCUAAACGGUUUGAUGAUCUUUUGGAGGAUGUUGUUGAAGAUCAUAUAAGUAAACAGAAAGAAGGUAGUGAUUAUUCAAGUGCUGAAGAACAUGCUGACUUUGUUGAUGUUUUGCUUUGGAUACAAAGGACAGAAUCACUUGGCUUUCCAAUUGACAGAACUGUCAUAAAAGCUCUGUUAUUGGACAUGUUUUCUGCUGGUACAGACACAAUAUCCACCUUACUAGAGUGGACAAUGACAGAACUCUUAAAACAUCCAAAUAUCAUGAAGAAGUUGCAAGAAGAAGUAAGGAGUGUAGCUUAUGAUAGAACAAACAUAACAGAAGAUGAUUUGGAUAACAUGAAAUACUUAAAAGCAGUGAUUAAAGAAACACUACGAUUACAUCCCCCGAUCCCAUUACUAGUCCCUCGAGAAAACCGACAAGAUAUCAAAGUUAAGGACUACAACAUCAAAGCUGGGACAAGAGUAAUUAUAAAUGCUUGGGCCAUUGCAAGAGAUCCCACAUAUUGGGAUCAACCUGAAGAUUUCAAGCCGGAGAGAUUCUUGAAUAAUGAGAUAGAUGUGAAAGGGAAUGAUUUCCAAUUGAUUCCAUUUGGAGCAGGGAGAAGAGGUUGUCCAGGGAUAGUUUAUGCUAUGGCUGCCGGUGAAAUUGUGUUAGCCAACCUUGUGCAUCGGUUUAGUUGGGAAUUGCAUCGUGGUGGUGCAGGAUUUGAAACUUUUGACAUGUCUGAAACAUUUGGUUUAACCAUGCAUAGAAAAACUCCUCUUGUAGCAAUUGCAACCUAUGAAAGAGGGACAUGCAAGACAUCUAUAAUAAUUUAA